GCUGCUAUCAUCUUUUUGCAUGAAGUUUGUCAAACGCAGUCAUCAUUUUAUUGACAAAGGCGGAAGGAAGCACAUUUUUACUAGUUUACCUAAAGACACUCUUUAUUAUGGACUCUAUAACGUCCGUUGAAUUCUCGAUGGAAUUUGAUAACAAUGAGUUUGCUUCAGUUUCCCAUGAAUUUCCCCAGAAAAAUGGUCCCGAGCAGAAAGUCGUCAAUGAAUUGUAUGAGGCUCUUUUGCCAUUAAUUAUUGAAUCCUGGGUGGAGGAAACACCUUCCAAGAAAACGAGAUUCAAAACUGCUUCUUCUGCUGUGUCAGUUGACGAUCCUGAUCCUCUUUAUAAUUUUGAUAUCAAGUUUACGAAUGGCAAUAGAUAUAAUGGUGAGAUUAAGGAUAAAAGAUUGCAUGGAGAAGGUGUUUACCGAUGGGCAGACGGGGCUUACUAUAAAGGGACUUUUAUGGACAAUAGAAUCGAAGGAACGGGAAGCAUUUUCUACAAUGCAGGUCAGCGUUACAGUGGGCAGUUUUUGAAAUACAUCCUCGCAUUGACUUUGUGGCUGAAUCAGGAUCGAACGGUUGCUGACGAAGCGAUGAAAGAACGACUUCCUUAUUUCGGACUAUUCGGAACAAUGCUUAUGAUCUUCUUGCGGGAGUACCCUGCGCUGGAUUCGAUGCCGGUUGAUAAUUUACCGCAGAUGCUCACGACUGAUCUAGCGGUUGUAGAACACGUUUUCGACAGUAUCAUGCAGUAUCCCCCACAGUGCAUCUUGCGAAAGUCUUACAGCAUAUUUCAAGAUUUGUGCGUGAAGCUGAAUCCAAACAGGAAAUCACCUGGCUACCUGGCAUUCGAAGAUUUUGUUCAAUGCGUAGCUGAAGAAUGUCCAAGUGUUGUCCGUGAUGGCCUUCUGGUUCAUAUAGACGAGGUUUUAACGACGCUUGAGUUGUUUGAAUUGUUCAUUCUAUUCGUCUCGAAAGCAAUCCGGAAUGAAAAAUAUUUGAUCGAAAAGCAGAAAUUUCUCAACACGUUUUACGAGGAAAUUCAGAAGCAAAAGGAACUAGAAGAACUUGAAAGACUUCUCGAGUUAGUUGAAAAUCCUCCACAAGAAGAAACUAAGAAAAAGAAACGCAAAUCUAAGAAGUAGCAUGUGAUUCCUUUGGGUAUACCCUGAUGGUUGUUGAUAAAAAUCUUAAAAUGGUG